AUGUUGGGCCCGCUAAAAAGGAUAUUGGCUCUCCUCGCCUUUCGCGUCUUUGCUGUCUAUUUGGUCCGCUCUUGGUUCGUGCCGGAUGAGUAUUUUCAAUCCACGGAGGUCGCACAUCAUUGGCUGUUCGGCACCGGUCAUCUGACGUGGGAGUGGGAUGUCGGGCUGCGCUCGGCGCUCCAUCCAUUACUUUGCGGGGUCGCGCUUCUUCCUGCCAAGAUUUUCAAUUUCCUGACGCCGUCAAUGAUCUUCAACCUACCACGGAUCCUUCAUGCAUUUAUCUUCGCCCUGGGGGACCUGUCUUUCCUCAAUCUCGCCGAGCGACUUCAUAUCAACCACGCCAGUGCUCGCUACGCGUUUGCCAUGUAUUUAUCGAAUUGGUUCAUCUUCUAUUGUUCCCCACGGACGUUAGCGAAUUCGCUUGAGACAGCCCUACUUUUAUGCGCCCUCCGAUGGUAUCCAUUUCCCGGCAUCCAUCCUCCGAAAGUAACCUGGCCCUAUAUGCUGCUGGGUGCGCUGUCUAUUAUGAUCCGACCUACUGCCGCGGUAUUUUGGUUGAUAUUUGGUUUAUCCCAUCUUUACCACUCAACCGAACGCAAAUCAGCCCUGACUACUGCCAUCCUGGUCGUACCUAGCGUGCUCGCGGCCACAACGCUGCUUGAUACAUUAUAUUACGGGAGGCUGACACUGAGCGUCUACAACUUUCUAUCGUUCAAUGUUCUACAAGGUGGCAGCGCGUACUUUGGGGUACACCCCUGGUGGUGGUAUUUUCGGGACGGUUUCCCGGCGCUGCUUCACCUUCAGCUGCUGCCGGUCAUCCACUCUUUCUUUUCACGGCAACAAACCGUGACUCGGCUACCCCUAUACGCGGCGAUGUUGUAUCUAGCGGUGCACACCUGUCUUCCACAUAAAGAGCAUCGAUUUCUUCUACCGGCUCUUCCGCUCGUGCUCCUCUACACGGGUGCUUUUUCUCACUGUCGAUGGAUCCGUGUUCAACGACUGGUCACCACUGUGAUCAUCGCGGUCAACACGGCCCUAAUCUUCUACUUUGCUUUAUGGCACCAGGUCGGCCCUUUUGCGGCAGCGAGAUUUGUCUCUAAAGACGCAGCCGUCAUUUCGGGACAAGCACGUGUCAUCACCCUUAUGCCGUGCUUUUCGUUGCCAGAAUACGCGUAUUUCCACGAUCGGUUACAAACGUUCCGCUCACUGGAUUGUACUCCACCCGUAAUCGCACACAACCAGACCUCUGUUGAAGGAUGGAAGGAUGAGGCCGAUGCAUUCUACGAGGAUCCGAGAACCUGGGUCAAUAUUAACCGGGACAUGGUGGGAUCAAUGACGCACGCAGUAAUGUACGAAAAUAUCUAUCAACUACUCGAGCCACUACUCUGGGAACUAGGCUUCAACCAAUGUUCGCGACACUUUCAUGCACAUUUUCUAACGUCCAGUCGUCAGGACAAUUUUAUUGUCGUCGCCUGUAAUAAUAAAUUGCUU